AUGGACGUGGGCGCGGACGAAUUUGAGCAGAGCCUGCCACUCCUGCAGGAGCUUGUCGCGGGUGCGGACUUCGUGGGUCUGGACAUAGAGUUCACAGGUCUGCGUUCAAACUUGUCUCGGCCCCAACAGAUCAGUCUUUUCGACUUGCCAUCAGAGUGGUAUCUGAAGACCCGUCAGAGUGUUCAGCAGUUUACAAUCUGCCAGAUUGGACUGUCCGUGUUUUCCAGCAUCAAAGGAGAGUCAAACAAGUAUGUAGCACACUCCUGCAAUUUCUUUCUCUUCCCUACAACAUUUGGGAUCCUGGACUCAGAAUUCUCUUUCCAGGCAUCUAGUGUACAGUUUCUGAAUCAGUAUGGCUUCGACUAUAACAAGUUCCUCAAAAAUGGAAUCCCAUACAUGAAUGAAGAACAGGAGAAAAAAAUCAAACACAGUAUCCUGAGAGGGAACUGGAGAAUCCGAAGUUCUCUGGAUAAAGAUCAAAUCAAGGUGGUGAUUGAUAAGGUGACCCAGUGGCUGGACCUGGCUGAGGAAGGUGACCAGAUGACUCUGCCUGGCAUCUCUGGGUUCCAAGCCUUUGAGGUCCAACUGGUGCUGAGGCAGGCUCUCCUCAACAUCUGGACAGUGCUGAAAGAGGAAGGGGUGAUUGUGAAGAAGGUAAGCCAGCCACAUCGCUGGUACCUUGAGCACGCCUCUUGUGACCAAAUCAGCUGUUGGAAGGAACAGAUUCUUCUCUCUGCAAGAGGCUUCUCUGUCUUUUUUCAGAUGCUGGUGAAAGCCCAGAAGCCCUUGGUAGGACAUAACAUGAUGAUGGACCUACUGCAUCUCCAUGAGAAGUUCUUCAGACCUCUUCCAGAAAGCUACGAUCAGUUUAAGCAGAACAUCCACAGCCUGUUUCCUGUCCUCAUUGACACUAAGAAUGUGACAAAGGACAUCUGGAAGGAACUGCGUUUCCCACGAGUCUCCAACCUCUCGGAAGUGUAUGAAGUGCUGAGCAGUAACUUGAAUCCCACUAAGAAUUCUGGACCAGUGAUUAUUCACGCAAGAGAGUGUAAAAAAUACGCUGAGACCAAGUGCCCUCACGAAGCAGCCUAUGACGCCUUCCUCUGCGGGUCAGUUCUUUUGAAAGUGGCUCACUUGCUCCUACAGAGGGUGCAUGGCAGUGAUGCUGUGCCCGAGCCUGGCUUCCCCCAGUACCUCGAUGUGCUGGCACCUUACGUGAACCAAGUGAAUCUCAUCCGAGCUGGGGUUCCGAAAAUCAAUUUUUCUGGCCCAGAUUACCCCAGUAUCCGCCCUCCUGUACUCAUCCUCACUGUCAAGAGGUGGCCUGGGGUGAGCGAGCACCAGGUCUACCGUGAGUUCCAGAAUCUCUGCAAGUUCGAUGUCAGGCGGUUCACUCGAAGCCAGUUCCUGCUUCUGACCAAUAAGUUUAAGGAUGCCCGCAGUGUCUUGAAGGAGUACAGGAGCCACCCAACCCUUCAGGUCUCCCUGUACCGGUACUGGAGACAUUCCCCCAACAUCACCUGCCUGUUACAGGUAUGCAGCAUAGUCACCACCUGGGCCAUGAUUGCAUUUCUCCUGGGAAGACCCAGCCCCUGAGAGCAGUGAGCCACCUCACCUUCUGUCUUAGCCUCUGGAGAGUGACUCCUUUGUAUAAAUCAGUUUGUUUUCAUGCAGACCCAUGUGGUCCUCUGUAGAUACUCUGUUUUGUUGUGGAUGUGAGAUUCUGUAAAUAUGGCUGAUGAUAAAGAAACCCUUGCAUGUCGGACCUCUGUACAUGGCUAAUGCAUUCCUUCCUGUCAAGUGCUGGGAGAAGUCCUGGCCUCUAGGGUUGAAGCCACUGCACCAGCAUGCCCACAGUUCUGGUGGCUGUGUGUGAGUGAAGGGGCUGCUUGGAACAAGGAGCUGGCAGAGAUGAGGGAAGG